AUGACCUCAGUCUUGCAGAACUGUACGAUGAAGCCACCACCAACGCCCACGCUCAGAGCGCGCCAUCGCCGUUUAUGUCGCACGUGUACCAAAGCGCCCCUCCCACUGCUCAUGGCUGUGCAGAAGCAGCGCUCCUUGUCGACGUCUCCCUCGCCACCCGGGUCACCAGAGACACAUCCAGUGCUCUUUGAUGGUGACAACCCGCGAGCCUUUACGGCGCCAGCUUUCGAGCGUACACCCUGCAACUGCGACAAUGUAGUUUGGCUCUGCGCGCCAUGUGGCAAGGACCUGCGAAACGCCGAUACCACCUACGUCCGCGGUUGGAGCUGGCGCACCAUGUACAGCCACAUGCACGGCGGCGUAGGCAUCGGUCUCGGCGAAGGCAACGAGGGCGUAGAAUGCGGACGAGGCUCCGCAUGCCUAGGCGCACACAUCGUCGAGCACGAGACCUGCGAGCAAAACCUCCUCGACACCAUCGAGAAAGAGAGAUCGCAAACCCCUGAGUCACCCGAACGCUGGAGGGGCUCUUCUUACCUUACACAGGAGAUCGAAGGCAUCGGCGGUGUGCUCAAGGUCAAACACAAGAAGCAGGUGCGCGUCGGCGAAUGCGUUAAGCUGUUUGAGGACGAGAAGAAGAAGUCAAUUCAGUAUCUUGAGCGAGAGGUGAAGGGCGAGCUGAGGAGUUGGUGCUCUUGGUGUGAAAGGGUUGUGCUGGGUAAGAAGGACAAGGCUGAGAUCAAUGGGGAAAGACCCUCGUCGAGUGGCUCGAGCUCAUCGUCUAGUAAACCAGUCUUUACUUAUAGAUACUGA